GCCGGGCGGCACCGCCACCUGCGCCCCCGGAGGAGCCACUGCAGCCCGAAGCGGGGCGGGACAGCGCCGGGGGAGGCCCGCGGGAGGCGGGACAGCGCCGGGAUGCCUCAGCCCCCCUCUGCCCUAAGCCGAACAUCUCUUUGGAAUAUCUGAAGUCCAUAUGGCUAUGUAUGAUGAAGACAUCUUGAAAAAUCCCUUUUAUUUGGCCAUUCAGAAGCGACGUCCUGAUCUAUGCAGCAAAGUUGCAGAACUCCAUGGUAUUGUGCUAGUUCCAUGCAAAGGAAGCCUUUCAAGCAACAGUCUUUCUACCUGCCAGUUUGAAUCUUAUGUUCUGAAGCCACUGGAAGAAAAUUUUCAAACCUUAAAUGGAAAGGAGAUCUUCAUACAAGGAAACCUCAUCAUUCUAGGAGCUGGUUUCAAUUGCACUCUCUCUGUACCUGUUCUCUUUGAGGAAACCUUUUACAAUGAAAAAGAAGAAAGCUUUAGUAUAUUGUGCAUAGCUCAUCCUCUGGAAAAAACAGAAAGCUCAAGUGAAUCUACAGCUUCAUCAAACUCCUAUUCUCUUAAAAACAUUGAAGAUGUUAGAGAGUUCUUGGGAAGGCACUGUGAGAGAUUUGAUAAAUACAUAGGAUCUUUCUAUAGAACAUUUAAAGAACAUGAAAGGAAAAGCCUCCGCCACUACAUAGAUUCUGUCAAUGCACUUUAUACCAAAUGUCUGCAGCAUCUUUUGAGAGAUUCGCACUUGAAGAUGCUUGCAAAGCAAGAAGAGCAGAUGAAUCUGAUCAAACAAGCAGUUGAAAUGUAUAUCCAUCAUGCUAUUUAUGACCUAGUCUUCAAAUAUGUGGGGACGAUUGAGGCAAGUGAGGAUGCUGAUUUUAAUAAAAUCACGAGGAGCCUUCAAGACCUGCAGCAAAAAGACAUUGGAGUGAAGCCCGAGUUCAGUUUUAAUAUACCACGUGCAAAGCGGGAACUGGGUCAAUUGAACAAAUGCACUUCCCCCCAACAGAAGCUACUUUGUCUGCGUAAAGUUGUACAAAUUAUUAUGCAGUCUCCAAGCCAAAGAGUUAACAUGGAAACCAUGUGUGCAGAUGAUCUCCUCUCUGUGUUGCUGUAUCUGCUUGUAAAAACAGAAAUCCCAAACUGGAUGGCCAACUUGAGUUACAUAAAGAACUUCAGGCUCUGCAGCUCAGUGAAGGAUGAGCUGGGGUACUGCCUGACCUCCAUUGAGGCUGCAAUAGAAUACAUCCGGCAAGGCAACCUCUCUGACAGAUCAACAGAAUCUGAGAGUCUGUGUGACAAGCUGCUCUUAAGACAAAGGAUGAACUUGUUGUCCCAGAUGUCUGCUGCACCAAUAGACUGCUUGUUUAAGCAUAUUGCUUCAGGUGAUCAGGAGGAAGUGGAGCGGCUGCUAAGUCAAGGUGACAGUGAUAAGGACACUGUACAGAAAAUGUGUCACCCGCUGUGUUACUGUGACAAAUGCGAGAAGCUGGUUUCUGGGAAACUGAAUGACCCUUCCAUUAUCACCCCCUUUUCCCGAGAUGACCGGGGAUACACUCCGCUUCAUAUAGCUGCUAUUUGUGGUCAAACUUCAUUAGUGGAUUUACUGGUAGCCAAAGGAGCCAUUGUCAAUGCCACAGAUUACCACGGUUCAACUCCCCUUCACCUCGCCUGUCAGAAGGGAUAUCAGAAUGUUACACUGCUCUUAUUGCACUACAAGGCAAGUACUGAUGUUCAGGACAAUAAUGGAAAUACUCCACUUCAUUUAGCCUGCACUUAUGGUCAUGAGGAUUGUGUCAAGGCUUUGGUGUACUAUGAUGUGCAUUCCUGCAGACUGGAUGUUGGCAAUGAGAAGGGAGACACUCCUCUCCACAUCGCUGCUCGCUGGGGCUAUCAAGGGAUCAUUGAAGUGCUCUUGCAAAAUGGGGCAAACCCAGAAAUUCAGAACCGCAUGAAAGAGACUUCCCUGCAGUGUGCAUUGAAUUCCAAGAUUUUGUCGUUGAUGGAAGUAAACUACCUAACAUUUGAAAGAGGACAGAGUGCUUCUGAGUCACCGCUUAGGUCUCCUCAGCACUCAACAGAAACUUUCAGCAGAGGAUCAUCUGUCUCAAGCCUAUCAUCAGCAUCAACUGAUAUAAGGCAAGAAGAAGCAAAAAACAGUUAUAAAGAGGUAGAAAAACUCCUGAGAGCAGUUGCUGAUGGAGAUCUGGAAAUGGUCCGUUAUCUCUUGGAAUGGGUGGAAGAAGACUUGGAAGAUGAGGAUGACACAGCCAGUACAUUAAAACCAGAAUUCUGCCAUCCGUUAUGCCAGUGCUCAAAAUGUGGGCCAGCACAAAAGAAGUUUUCCAAGAUCUGUGCCAACGGGCUGGGGGUGAAUGUUUCAAACCAGGAGGGUUUCACGCCGCUGCACAUGGCUGCUCUGCACGGGCACAGUGAGCUGGUGUCGCUGCUGCUGCGCCACGGCGCCAGGGCCAGCGCCAGGAACUCGCAGCUGGCAGCUCCCCUGCACCUGGCCUGCCAGAGGGGACACGCCCAGGUGGUACAGUGUCUGAUGGAUUACAAUGCUAAACUAAAUAAAAAGGAUGUAUAUGGAAAUACUCCCUUAAUUUAUGCAUGCUUGAACGGUCACUAUGAGACUGCUGCUCUGUUGUUGCAGCACGGAGCCUCCGUGAACCUCUCCAACGCCGAGGGCAGCACAGCCCUGCACGAGGCCGCGGCAGGCGGGAGCGAGGCGCUGGUGGCAUUGCUGCUGCAGCACGGGGCCCUGCGGCACCUGCGCAACGAGCGCGGCUGCACCCCUGCAGCCUGCGCCUGCACCCCUGCAGCCUGCGCCUGCACCCCUGCAGCCUGCGCCUGCACCCCUGCAGACUGCACCUGCACCCCUGCAGCCUGCGCCUGCACCCCUGCAGCCUGCGCCUGCACCCCUGCAGACUGCGCCGAGCCCAACUCAAACAUCAUGAAGUUGCUGGAAGCAGCACCAAGCUGUGUCCCCACAUCAGCAGAGGGAGAGAAGGAGAGUGAACAGCACAUUACUGGCAAGAUAAGGAAAAAAGUGCACCCUAAGCCCUGUAAGGAAGCCGAUGAUCCCAUAAGCAGACAACUUCAACUGGUCCAAUCAAUUAACAGAUUUAACAAAGAAAAACACUUACGGAGAACAAUAACAAGAGAUAAAAGUGUCCCUAAUUUUGACUGUCAUUUACUGCACCAGAUGGCUAUUAAAAGCUUUGAUAAAAGCAAACUAAAAUCGGUUGGCAUGCUGGAGCAGAGCACAGGUGAGGUGCCUGUCUCAGGGUGCAGCGGUGAGUUUGUGGAAGAUGAUGACGGCACGGCGGCUCCUCACAGGAGCAGGUUAACGCAGCGCAGACACACGGUCACCGUGCCGCUGCCAGCACAGGGCAGCGAGGGAUGCUCCCGCAGCCCGGGCAGGGAGGGAUGCUCCCGCAGCCCGGGCAGUGAGGGAGGCUCCCGCAGCCCGGGCAGCGAGGGAGGCUCCCGCAGCCCGGGCAAGGAGGGAGGCUCCUGCAGCCCGGGCAGCGAGGGAGGCUCCCGCAGCCCGGGCAGUGAGGGAUGCUCCCGCAGCCCGGGCAGCGAGGGAGGCUCCUGCAGCCCGGGCAGAGAGGGAGGCUCCCGCAGCCCGGGCAGGGAGGGAUGCUCCCGCAGCCCGGGCAGCGAGGGAGGCUCCCGCAGCCCGGGCAGCGAGGGAUGCUCCCGCAGCCCGGGCAGGGAGGGAUGCUCCCGCAGCCCGGGCAGGGAGGGAGGCUCCCGCAGCCCGGGCAGCGAGGGAGGCUCCCGCAGCCCGGGCAAGGAGGGAGGCUCCCGCAGCCCGGGCAAUGAGGGAGGCUCCUGCAGCCCGGGCAGGGAGGGAGGCUCCUGCAGCCCGGGCAAUGAGGGAUGCUCCCGCAGCCCGGGCAAUGAGGGAUGCUCCCGCAGCCCGGCCGGGCCCGGCGUGCCGCGCUCCCGGGACUGGCACGGCGCGGAAGGCCGAAGCUGAGGUCGGUGCUCUGAAUUUCAGCAGCGCUCAGAUGUCACACACCCAGUUCAGGGCAGGCACAGGCUCUGCAGCACAGCUGGAAUGUUCUGGCACCCUGGGGCCCAACUCCUCUGUUCGUGCAGGAGGUGACCACACAGCCAGAUCAUUACUGAUCUCACUAACAGGGAUGUAAGGGAGAUGAAGACAGCAAAAUUACUUUCCUAUUCUAUUCAGCACUUAUUAAAAAGUUCUAUGUAACAGUAAACCAAAUGAAACCCUGUAUUGUAUUUUUCAGCCACCCACUUUGUUUUAAAAGUCUUUGAAUAAUUUUUGCAUUUUCAGUUUUUAUCACUACAUUGAGAAUUAAAUAUAAAUAUAUUUAUAUAUAUAAAAAGAUAUAUUGGAUAACAAGGUAUUUAUUGCCAGAGGUAAUUGAAAUGUCUCUAUUUUUAUUGUAACAUUACAAACCAUUAUAGUAUAUAUUUCUGUAUAUUUCAGUAGCUGGACAAACAAUAGUCCUUAACAUCUGCAUUACUAAUGUGAAGGGAUGCAAUCCUUGCUAAUAUCUCAGCAAUGCUCCCCUGUACUGGAGCUGCAACAUCACGUUCUUACAGAGGAGCCAAUAUACUGGGGAAAAAGUGCGGAGCUCUUGACAAACCUAAACUUUGGACUUGCUGUUCACAGCCUAACAAAAAAGCAGAAGUAAGCACAAGGUGCUUGCUUGUGUUUUAUUGUAGCAUGCAUUUGAGUUGCUUUUUCCCUCCUCUAAAGGAAGUAAUGCAAAAAUGCACAAGUAUUCAUGAUUCUGAUCCCGGGCAACAUCCACAGACAAAACAGCUUCAGAGCCUGCUCUGGACUGCUAUUAAAAAGGUGAAAUUCCCACUAUGAAAGGUACUUCUCACAUCAGUGAGCACUGGCUGGAAUAGGCCAAAUCCUGCCCCAUUCCCAGGGGUGAUCACUGAAGAACUGGAAGCUCACAGGGAACUACCAAGUGGCUGCUUAGUUUGGAAGUUCAGUUUCUACUGUUUGGUUAUAGGAGGACAAGCUGUAAAUAGCACAAGCCAGGUUUUUCAGUGCAGAAUUUUUUUAUUCUUGGCUCAUCACAUGCACCUUGCAUUUUAUUUCAUGAACUAUUUGUAUAGAUAAUUCUCUUUCUUUUAACUGUGGUAUUAGUAAACUAGCUGGCAAAAUACAAAGCCGGAAGAUAAGAGUGAUGGGUUUUUCAGAUAACUUUUUAAUCUAAGAAGUAAAAUGUCAAAUGGCAUUUGGAUUUGAGGGUAAUGUGUUUAUUUUUCUAAUAAUUUAUGAGUUCAUCUGAUUUUCUGAUGUGCCUUGGAUUUGUGCCAAAUGAUGGAAAGAAAAAACGAGUAAAAGAACUCUUGAAAA